GGAAGUUUAAACUGCAGCACGCUUUAUUCUUCCCCACAUGAGCACGAGAGCCGCUGUCGUCAGCACCUGAGAACAAAUGCCGGUUGUCGACCUGUAGGAGAAGCUAAUUGAUCCAAAGCAACACUUAAAGGACGACUGAGCCGCCACGAUGGCAGCAGGCCGGCUGAGCUUCAAUAACAUCACCGCCCUGGCUCCCAUGGUGCGAGUGGGGACUCUGCCCAUGAGGCUGCUCGCUCUGGACUACGGAGCUGAUGUGGUUUACUGUGAGGAGCUGAUUGACAUCAAGAUGGCCCAGUGUCACAGAGUGGUAAACGACGUGCUGGAGACGGUGGAUUUCGUGGCUCCGGAUGACCGAGUGAUGUUCAGGACCUGUGAGAGGGAGAAGGGCAACGUCGUCUUCCAGAUGGGAACCGCUGACCCGGACAGAGCGUUGGCUGUGGCCCGACUCGUGGAGAAGGACGUGGCUGCUGUCGACGUGAACAUGGGCUGUCCAAAGGAGUACUCCACCAAGGGCGGGAUGGGAGCUGCUCUCCUGUCGGAUCCUGAUAAGAUCGAAGCGAUCCUGAGGACGCUCGUGACGGGAGUGUCCAUCCCGGUGACGUGUAAAAUCCGAAUCCUGCCCUCAGUAAGACGAGAAUCCUGGAAAAGUCUCGCACUGCUUCCUGUUGCAUUUCUUUUGGCUGUCGCUGACUGUGUCUCGUUGUUCAGGUUUAAGGAGGAGCGUCCCAGACAUCCUGUCCACUGUGAUUACAUUCAGGCCGUCGCUCAGGCCGUCUCCAUCCCCGUCAUCGCAAACGGAGGCUCUCUGGAUCACGUGAAGACCAACGCCGACAUAGAGGAGUUCAGAAGGGCGACGGGCGCCUCGUCGGUGAUGCUGGCCCGCGCCGCCAUGUGGAACGCGUCACUGUUCCGCAGCCAGGGAGCGCUUCCUUUGGAGAAGGUCAUGGAGGACUACCUCAAACACGCGAUUCAAUACGACAACAACGCCUUCAACACAAAGUACUGUCUGUGUCAGAUGCUCCGAGACAAGGUGGAGUCUCCUCUGGGGAAGCAGGUGCAGGCGGCGCAGACCAACGCUGAGAUCAGGAGAGAGUAUCCUCCUCAAAUCACCCCGAAGAUGUUCCUGCUCGAGUGGAGCCGUAAGGAGAAACUGGAGCAGCCGCAGUACGAGACGGUGCAGCGCGCUCAGGACCGAGCCUUUCAGUCCACAGUGACCGUCGCGCAGAAGAAGUACAGAUCUUCACUGUGGGAAAAGUCAAAGAAGUUUGCAGAGCAAGCGGCCGCCAUCGUCUGCCUGCGAGUUCUGGGAGUGCCAGAGGGACGGAUCGGCGAGGAAGACUCCGGCCUGGUCUGCAAAAGGAAGAGGGAGGGGAAGGUGAACGGCGCCGCGGAGGAGGAGAGGAGUAGGAAACGGCACGUAAGCGACGUCCUGCAACAAACCUCAGAGGUCGCUGUGGUAACGAACGGUGACAGUCACCAAGAGGCUCCGCCUCCGAGCCAGCGGGAGAGCCUGUGAGGAGUUUAACAGCAUGAUCAGACAUUUAACCCAGAAAUGAACUCUGAGUUUGUGCUCAGUUUUAUUUUAUUAUUCAUCACUUUAUCUGAUUUCAACUCAAAGUAAAUAUUUUUUAAACCAGCGCGGCUGACGUUCGUCUCACAGCUCAGGUCUGAUCGUUUAGUCCCGUUAACCAUGCCGCUGAUCCGCGUCUGUCCUGUGGAGGUCUGCACGUGUGCGGGGAGCCACGCCUCCUAAUGCACGCGGUUAAAACCCAUCAGAACUCGCUGGGUUUCAUAUGAAACGUCUCGCGCGUGGCGUAGCCACCGCACGGUGUCCGACCUGCAGAACAGACGAGAAGAUUAAAUUAAACACAGACCUCCUCCAGCUCUUCUGGGGUGGUGGGGAGGGCAAGAUCUCUCCAGGAAGGGUCUCCUCCUCCACACAUCCUCCUCCUGUCUCUGAGGGAGAGCCCCGCCCCCUUCAGAAG